AUGAAACAACAAAAGUAUAAUAUACACAAACAGAAAGAAGACAAACAAACAAAAUAUGAAACAAAAACACAACAGGCGCAACAGCAGCAGCAGCAGCAGCAGCAGCACGAUAAGCUGCAGCAACAACAGCAGCAACUGCAGCAGCAGCAGCAACUGCAGCAGCAGCAGCAACUGCAGCAGAAACCAGGCUGGCCUUUGUGGGCCUCCUCCUUUUGCAAGCAACAGCAGCAACAGCAGCAACAGUACCAGCAACAGCAGCAGUAA